GGUUUUUUUACAGCAGGAAAAGAUACCGCAUUACAUAACAUAUAAAUAUGGAACGAGGGAUAAUUUUAUAUUAUUUUUAUUUAAACGCUAUCGUAUUAUGUCUUGAUAAACUGGUUCUCAUGUAAUCUUACUCGUAAACAGAUAGUAUUAUUCAAUAAGACAUGAACAACUCAGUUGAAAUAGAAUAAUUGUAGGAACAACACAUACAUACAUGCAAACCAUGUCAUUAAUAACAGUUCUUGUGGUAACAGUUAUUUCAGUGCUAAGUCGUAGUGACGCGCACAACAUACUAGCGGUAGUGAGCCAUCCAGGAGUGAGCCACUUCAAAGCCUAUGAAAAUCUCUUUGUAGGCUUGGCUAAAAAAGGACACAAUGUGACGGUGAUCAGCCAUUUUCCAAGGAAAAAUCCUAUACCGAAUUACAGGGAUGUGAGCAUUAGAGAAGAUCGCCCUUACAGCGGCCUGCAGAACAUCCAAAGCAGUCUGCACACUGACCUUUUUGGUAUACAAGACCAAAUGUUACUGGUGGAGUAUGGAAUACAGAGUUGUGAGAGUAUGAAACAUAAAAAUUUCCAAAUGUUUUUGAAAGAAAACAAUCACUUCGAUUUAGUAAUACUCAACGAAUUUAGCAAUUUAUGCUAUAGAGGAUUAGCCAAGAAAUAUGACGCUCCUUACAUAGGUUUGGGAGCGUCCAGCAUAUUUGUCUGGCAUGCCCUUCACACUGGGUCGCCAGAGCACGCGGCUUACAUGCCUAGACUGGCCGCGCCCUAUUCAGAUCGAAUGACUUUUUUGCAACGAGUAGAAAACUUUGUAUCGAUGGGUGUAGUCUACUGGUAUUGCAAUUUCAAGUAUCCAUCAUUUAGUAACGAGUAUUCGAAAAAAUACUUAGGCGUGGAUAUACUGGAAAAUAAUUUCCUCUACAACAUGAGCCUAUUGUUUAUCAAUAUGCAUUUUUCUCUAAAUUUCCCUCGACCCUUCACUCCGAAUAUAAUCGAAAUAAAUGGAUUGCAUAUUGGAACACCGAAGAAGCUUCCCGAGCACUUAGAACAAUAUAUAUCCGAAUCAAAGAAUGGUGUAAUAUACUUCAGUCUUGGUUCCACUAUGAAAGGACAUACUCUGCCAAAAGAGAAAAGAAAUGCCUUCCUAGAGGUUUUUAGGGAUAUGCCUGAAAGGAUAAUUUGGAAAUGGGAAAACGAUACAAUGGAAGGAAAACCCGAUAACGUGUUGUUACAGAAAUGGACGCCUCAGUUUGACAUUAUAUGCCACCCCAACGUAAAAGCUUUCAUAUUCCAAGGUGGAAUGUUGUCCCUAUCCGAGGCAGCUCAUUGUGGAGUACCUAUUAUAGCCAUACCUCUUUAUGGUGAUCAACCAACAAAUGCAAAACUCAUUGAAUCCAGAGGCGCGGGUGUCGUUUUACAGAUAGAAGAUGUGAAUGUAAAGAAUGUAAGGAAAGCUGUAAACGAAGUGCUAUCUACGAAGAUUCAGAAAGAAGCCAAACGACUUUCGGAAAUCUACAGAGACCGGCCACUGUCACCACUAGACACCGCCAUUUACUGGGUGGAGUACGUAUUAAGACACAAAGGGGCACAUUUCAUGAAGACUGCUGCUGUUCACAUGCCUUGGUACCAAUACUACUUAAUAGAUGUAAUAGGAUUUUUAGUAAUCAUAUUGACAAGUUCUAUUUUGUUAACUAUAUAUUGUAUAAAGUUACUGGUGAAUAUAUGUAGAAUAACUCAGAAAAAUAAAGUAGAUUGAGAAAUUCUA